GGCCAUCUUUGUCUUUUCUUCACAUAGCACCCAUCGGCCCUCCGAUUCUCCCCACCCCUUUUGCCGGCCUUUUCUAUUUUCUAUCCCGCACACGAUAGUCAGAGAGAAACCACCGACAGCCGCAUCGUUAGCCUGGCCAGCUCAGAUCAUUGAGAAUGAAUCAAACGGACAACAUAUCUGCUUCGGCGUUUGCAAGUCUGGCACUGCCUGCACCACCCGAACCGCUUUCUGUACCACCCAAGCCGCUUUCCUUUUUCUCGAUCCCGCUACACUGGAACGCCAAAACCGCCUAUGACGAUCUGCCCCCUUUUCUCUUCCGAGUCUCCCAUCCGAAGUCUUUCGCUCGGCUAGGUGGCGGCUGGGCGCUUUCGAGGGAUGCUUCCAGCCCUGACAACUAUGAAAGUAGCCGACUAGGGUUGGGUCCCCGCAGCAAUGAAGAGGUUGCGGCUGCCCUCAACCGGCAUCUCUGGUGGUUGGACACGGAACCCGGGCACAGCAACUUUGUCUCAUGGACGACGUCACUUCUCUUCGCGCUCAAGUUUGCCUUUUGCAACAAACAACAGGGGACCCCAUCUGAGUGUAUCAGGCUCUGCAUGGUCAACACACAGAAAUUUCCGAAGGGGGUCUUUGUCCGCGACAUUUACCUGAUCGGGGCGUACAAGCACUACCUGCCGACAUACGAACAACGUGUUUCUGGCGACGGGAAAACCCUUACUUCGCUCCUGGAUCUCCGCACUCAGGGCUUGUACUUUGGCGAGUUCCUCUCGCAGGGGGCACUUGGAAUCGACGGCAAAUCCUGCAUCGUCUCACUCUCAGACCUGGAGGACCGCGGCCUGCUGUGGCUGCUUCCGGAGCUGGACGCGCACGACAAGGAGCUGCAAUUGGCGAGACGGGUGCUGAACGAGCGGACGAAAUGGUUGGCGGACGACUGGAUGAAAUGGUCCGACGUACCGCUCUCCCCGCGGUUGCCUGUCGACCUAGGGCGCCUCGUCGACCUGUUCGAGCCCGACUUUCGUCUGGCCGCGGCCACCGCCCUGCUGUCUUUGGAGCCCAGAGAUCCCAGAGACCACGGCCUGAUGUGGGACAUGGUCCAGGUUGUGACAAGAUACCCCGAUGACGCCACGCUGAAGCAUUAUUACUCUCGCCAGCACACCGACGACCUAGAAAUGCCCGAGGUCAACCAGUACAGCACUAUCAUCACCAAUCUGGCCAUCAUCCUGGAGAGAAGGAAGGAAUUGCUUGUGUCGAUAAGGCCAGCGACGGCCUUGACCCAGACCGACCCGCAGGUCGAAGCGGAGUCCGCUCAAGGCAGUAUGGCCGUCUGGGAAGAAGCUUGGCGCCGUGCGUACCCUGAUUUGAAGAAGAAGGUUGUGGGUAGUGGAGGAUUACUCUCUUUUUCCAGAAGGUAAUCAGGCAGCGUGGUUGUCAUCCAGCAUGUAGCACGUUUGUGGGACAAAACAACCACUCUUCUUCUCGGGUUUUACAAAAGCGGCUGCAGAGCGGCAAUAAGCGCCGCGACUCCAGUCACCGACAGCCACUAGUUGUUGUCGCCUACGCGGCCCGCCGACGAACUCGUCUUGACUGCCAACAGUCUCCUCAGCAUCAUGAACCUAGUCGGUAAACUCGCCGUACGCAUCGAUAUCACCCUUCCUUCUAGAGUUCAAACCUCC